UCGGCGGUGGAGAUGGCUGUCCUUAUCUGCGGACUCUCCUGGCGUCACGGAUGUGGUAUGAAAGCGGUGCGUCAGCGAGCAUUUCUACUCAAACCUUAUACCAUGGCUAUGGCCUUGACGGGGCCCAGUUCCUAGGCAUUCGGGCGCCCGAAGGGCUAUGCGCUUCCCGCCUGUGUCUUGCGGACCCGGGUGCAUCCUUUCUGCGCCGCAGAUUGUGGUGCUGCUCUACGGAAUUGCAUAUAAGUAGGAUAGCCACAGCGGCUAACACGGGCAGGCCACCUCAUGACCGCACUCGUGUUGUCUGCGCCAGUGCAGCGAUGUGGUCAAUUUGAUGAAACUCUACGGCGCGGCAUCCUAGAGCUACUCUAGCCGUCCCCUUUGCCCUCUCUCGGUCCCGUGGCAGUAAUCACAGCUGCGGUGUUCAUUGAGGUGCAGUGCGUCUACGAUGCUGUGCACGAUAGAAGUUUUUCCGUUCUCAGAAUCGUCGCGUAAUCCGGAGCAGUGCAGCAAUGUCCGCAGAAUACGAAGUGACUUCUAGCCGGGUGCUGCAUAUGUGAGAUUAGAUGAGCUUCUAUCCAUCUGCAAGGGUACACAUGCUUUAAGACAAUGAAUUUUUCGCGCUAUGCAAGCGAGCUACACUUUUUUGCGGUGCGCUAGACACGCAUGCACCAAUUUCAAGAUAGUCUGAUUUUGUACUAUGGCUAGGCUAG